AUGUCCGAAGGCAAAGGAUUUGUUGGCGGGUCCAGAGUGCCUCGAGCUCCAUGGCCCGCGAUGCUGCUCACCUUGAUAGCGUUAGUCUCCAUGACAGCUGCGGCAGCUAUUGUGGUCAUCUCCAACAACAAGCCGGCCGCUUCAUGGACUAUUAGCCCGGCUGUUCUUCUGGCUUUCUUCUCGUCCAUCUGGAGCGGCUCCCUGACCAUGCUCCUGACGAUGAGCAUUGCUGUCAUAUGGUGGAGGGCGGCCAGUCAUGGUUCCUCGCUGGAGAGCCUGCAUUGUAUAUGGAAUAAAGGACUGGGCCUGAAGUACAUUUCUACUUUACGCUCGAAUGCAGCCGCCUGUUGGGCGGUUCUCCUAUCGUGGCUGGUGAUCGUCGCCCAGGUUGCGCACAAUCCAUUAUUGCAGCGGUCAACGAGCACAACAAUUCGUCAGACUACCACUUCUGAUGACUUGACUUUGAGUAUAGCACCAAAGAUCCCCGACGGUUGGAUAGGCUCGGUACAGAACGCUGCCACAGGGACGAUUAUUACAUACCCCAAUUCGACCUCUGCAAUUCGAGGCUGGUGGUUAAAUUCGCCGAUUCAAAGUCCCGGUUCCCAAUGCGACGGUACCUGUCAGGGGAGAGUACGGGGCUCGGGAAUUGACUACUCUUGUUACUCAACGACAUCGAAACUCGAUCUAACGACGUUAGAAAACGAGGGCUCAUUCGUAUUCGGUAUUAAUACAAUGGUGACUUCGAAUUCAACCGGCUCUCCCGUCCUCAAUUUAUCAACUUUGUCCUCCUCGUCUGUUGACGAGAAUUGCACGGCAACCCUUAUCAGCUGGAAUUGCAAUAUUCAGGCUGCUACUGUGGAGUUCCCCUUCAUAGUAAACAACAACACCAUUUCCCUCGAUGCAGAAAACCUCUAUCCUCCUGUCGUAGUUGAAACCUAUGUGUCGGACGGUGACAAGUCGACAGCAACACAAGGGCAAGGCGCCGGCCCGCUGCUCGGUCUCCACGAUUUUGUGACCGACGUGCUAGCAACGAAUGUCUCCUUGGUUAUUGAUCAAACCCGCAACAUCUCCCUACACACAGGCCUUCUCAUUUCAGAUCUUUUCUAUCAGUUCAACAACUCCGCAUACAACCCGGCCGCCAUCAGCAAAUGCCGUCUUGAAUGGGUUGAUCCAACUCAGUACGUGCUUACUGCUAUGCAAGACUAUCUCUUCCGGUCCUCGAUCAGUGUGUACACAAACGAAAACUCUCAAAAUUGUCCUGUGAAACGCACAUCUUCAGUGUUAACCUUCCAAUCAAACUUCCGUUUCCUAAUCGGAGCGUUGUCCCUCAUGACAUUGGCAAUUAUCUGCGUCCUGGUCCAGUUCUGGAACUGGUGGGAACUCGGACGUCGCGUGACACUCAGUCCAAUUGAGGUCGUGAAUGCCUUUGGUGCACUACCCACGAGUCAGUUAAACGAUGUUUGCAUGGUUGAUGAGAUUUUGAAGGUGACGGGGAAGACAACGGUGAGGUAUGACGGGAUGAGGUUUAACGAGAAUAGCACGGUGCUGCAAAGCCGGCUGCCCAUGAGGAUUGGCGAUAUGCAGGAUGCACGGCGUAAGUGCAGCAAGUUCUGA